AUGACGUUCCCCGACGAGUGGGGCGCCGGCGGCGGGGACGGCGGCCCGACCGAGUCGAAGCUCGUCCCGCUCUCGAUGCAGAGCAACGAGGCGCUCCUCAUCAAGACGCUGCUGGCGCGGAGCUGCCCGAGCGCAAGGCUGAGCCGCGUGCAGCGCGUGCAGAACAAGAAGCUGUGGUGCGAGUACGCCCACUACCGCGACGCGUCGCUCGUCCACACCUGCGCCGGCGGCGACGUCAACGAGAUGCUCCUCUUCCACGGCACGGCGGAGCGGGCGGCGGAGGAUGUGCUCGCACAUCAGAACGGGCUCGACCCGCGCUUCUCGAACGGCGGCUUUUACGGCCAGGGCAUCUACCUGGCGGAGGACCCGUCGUACCCGAUCGGCGGCCGGUACGCGCACCGCAUCUCCGGCUCGGGCGGGAGCCGCGUGCAGCUGCUCAUCGUGAAGGCUGCCCUCGGCUCGCAGCAGGAGAUGGGGCAGCGCAUCAGCGCGGAGACGAGGGCGAUGCGCAUGCCGGACGUGCGCGUCGAGGGCCCUCCCCGACUGCUCUACGACAGCGUGCGCGGCGGGCCGCACCGCCCAUUAGUCUCCGGCGGAGGCGAGAACGG